AUGUCGUUGGUGGCCGAUCCGCCGACAGACUUUGUCAGGCGUCCUGAGCAGCAGCUUCUGCCGCAGCCCGUCAUGAUGACCACGGACUGGGUCAGAAUGAUCCAGAUGGGCAACGCUUCUUUUGCACAGUUUAUGCAGCCCUUUAAUGUGAGUUAGUGUCGCGAUCGAUUUUUCUCUCUCGUCAAUCGAAUUGUCAUCAAAAUAUUGUUUUGUUCCCAAAAAAUACGCCCCUUGGUCGUAGAAAGUGACUCAUUUCGUGUUGAGACAUGGGCUUCGAGCUUCUUCUGAUUCUGGUUUGUGCUAUUCUUCUUUCAUUUUUAAUAGUUCUUACUUUUCCGAGGUACGUGAUCAAUAAUUAGGUGCAUCUACCUGUUGAUGAUUAUGCAACUAGAUUUUAGAAAUGCUAACAUUUUAUGAUUUUCGGUUAGCUAAAAAAAAUAGUUAUAUUCAUAAAAACUUCAUAAAUUUCGAUUUGAUUUUUUUUUAAAAUGUAGAAUAAUAAUUCUCUUUUUAUAUAAACGCAAACCAAACAAACUCUUUCUUCACUUUGUUGGAAUACCGUUUUUGCUAAGUGCAUUUUAAUUUUUCUUUCGGUUUUUUUCUUCGACAUACUACUUUUCGCUCACUCCAUCGUAUGAAGUUCAUUUGCUUUCACGCUUGAAAGAACUUUUGAAAUCUCAAGAUCUUUGAGAAGAUUUUUCGCGGGCUAUAGAACGACGUUUUUUUAAAAUUAUUUUCCUAAAAAAAUAAGUCAACAAUUUGCGAUUCGAACCAUUGUGAUCUACUGGUAAAAUUGUGUUUUCAAUGGUUAUGAAAAAGUUUUUGAAGACGAAGAAAAUGGAGAAAAGAUAGAGAAUUCGUUGCUUUUUCAUGUUACGAUUCACUUUGUAAAAUAAUUUUUGAUGCAAUAGAGAAACUUCCAAUUUUUUAUGAUUCCAUGCAUUUUUGCGACGGUUCAUAAAAAAAUUUUCCAAUAGAGCUUCAUCAACGCAAAAGAAAUAUUGAUUAUCACAGAAAGAAUAUUUAAUUUUUUUUUCCUUAUCAAUGACACCCACGUUAUCGAUCCUCUUUGGCGCUAUAUUUUUUGGUCAUUUCGAAACGACUAGUUUUAAGAGUUUAUAAUUCACGAGAAGUCUUUCUGAUCUUGUCAAACACGUUCUCCAACACCCAUUUCGGAGUCUAAUAACCCAAAAUAGGCGCAGCCGAACUGGGACCAAUUUUAAAGUCGUUAAAAUGUUUCGCCUGUUGCGCCUCAUGGUGUUUUAAGUGAUUUUUAUCGUAUCAAACUUGGGACCUAAUGUAUCACGUGAGAAAUGGGGACAACUGUCCCAUAAAACUUUUCUAAGGAUGCUGUUUUAGUUUUCAAAAAGCUUUUCCGAAUGUUUUUUUUUCAGAAGACCGAUGAGGAAAGGGUCAUCGUGUCCAUUGCCGAUAAUGUAAGUUAAAAACCUGAGAUAUACAUUGAACAGUUUGGUGCUUUCAGAAGAACAACCGAAAAAAGAAGAAGAAGAAGGAAAAGGGAGAAACGUACGUCGCCCCAGCAGGUGCUUUUUUUCUACUAGUUUCCUCUUUUGGACGCGCGCUCUUUGCGUUUUUUGCUCCUCCCCAUCUCCUUACUCGUUUGCUACGAGCUGAACCACUGCUGAGCCUCUUUUUUUUGGCUUUAUUGGCGUGUUUUGUUCGGCUGUUCCUCAUUUUUGAUCUUUACUGAUUCCAAAGAUUUUAAGAUUUUUCGUUCCGCUUUCAGAUUAUUCCGCAGUUUCUUUUGCGACGAUUAUCUGAAACUGUUUUCGAAGAAAGUUUUACUUAUGUUUAUGUCCUAGAUUUUUAGAUUGAGCCUUAAAGACUCCGUUAAUGAAAUUUAUUCGCGGAAACGUGAAGGAAUUGAUGGUUUUUGUUUUAAGUGGAACAGGAGAUUUUUUUUAAUAUCAGGAAGUUUUUUUUCGCACACAAAUAAAUCUAUCUCAAUAUUCGAAUUGACAGAAAAUUAUUUUGAAAAUGAAAAAAACAUUUAUUCAGUACAAUUUUUUUGCUUGAAAAAGAGCUUCUCUAUUUUGUAACAGAACUCAAAAAAAAAAAAAACAGAGUACCUUUUUGAAUAUACACAAGGGAAAGAGACUUUGCGUUUUUUUAAAUAUAGGUGAUAAGCUCAGUUUCUCAUGCAUCGCAGUAUGUUUUAUUUUCAAUAACAUAAUAAAUUAGAUUGGAUGACGCGAGAUUGAGUUGGAAGCGCCUUGUUUUGGCAUCAUUUAGCACAUACAUAGAGCGUCUUUAGUGAGUGGAGGAGAUGUGCGCGAGAGUGUGUGCUUUUUUGAGCGUUUUUGUCGCGCGAGCGGACGCGUGCUGUGGCCGUCGUCCAUGUUGGCCUAGUUGCAUUCCUAUUUAUCCGCUCACUCUUCGAGCGCGUUUUGGUCCUUGCCGCAUUUUUCUUUUUUCCCCUUUUGACCUCCAUAUUUCAUCGAUUACUUGGCCAAAUUCAUUAUUUUCGGGUUUUUGCAAAUUUUAAGUUCUCGGUAUAUGCAAAAAAUCGAGAAUUUUUAACCUUCAAAAAAUGGUUUUCUCAGUAAAGGAAAAGCUGGGUGUACAGGAAAAUGACAAUUGCGAGAACAUCUCGAUCGCGUUUGGCUGAGCAGUUCCAUAGUUUUCUUCUUCAUGGAAAAUUCUCGGAGAUAGUACCGAACCUUAACAUCUCUGCGUGCUGUUCCUAUGCGCUUUUUCAUUCAUAACCGGGGUCCAGCGAUUUCACUUGAUUUUUCACCUGUUAUUUUUUUCAAGUAGUCCUGAUGUACUUCUAGGAAUACUUUUUCGUUUGAUAACUUCUUUCCAAAAAAAAAACUUGUAAAGCGAUUUCAAUGUAGAGUUUUAGGGGAAUUCGGUCACUUGUCGGUUGAAGAGCUGCUAAAAGUGAUCGAAGGCGACGAAGCGGCGGAAAAGCAGACGACGAAAAAGGAAAAACGGCGCAAGUCGCGCGAGCAACAGCUGGCCAAGGAGACGAAGGAGUCUUCGGUGAACAACGACGAGACGGGUCCGCGGACCGCCACUACCACUCCAGAAAUGGAAAUCACCGAGGAGAAACCCGCCGCCAUUCAAAAGUUCGUUCCCAGACACCUACCUCCUACAUGCGCUUGAAUCAUAUACAUAUAUGGUUCUCAAAGUUUAAAACUUAACGGCAAUCGGUUUAGUUGUUAUGGGGUGCUGCUAUAUUUUAUGAACCUUCCAAGUCCUCUUUUGAGGUUGUCUCAAGUGACUCUUCGCCACUCCUUGUUCAUUGCCUCAAGCGGUUUUUUUUUGCGCUAAUUUUAAUACAGCAGCAUGAUGUUGUACUUCUACCAGGAAACUAUAGAGUAAGCCUGAAAUCCAAGAUUUUUUUCUUUAAUUAUGAAAUUUAAAGCGUAUUUGUUUGUUAGUCCAUUUUCGAUAUAUACGUAAGGUGUGUGAAAUUUGAGAAUCUCGCCUUUUGUUUAUCCGAAGGUAUGGAUUUAUAACAUCGAGUGCCUAAUUUUCUCGGAAAGAUGGGAUAGGUCCAUAGUUUUUUUUUUCUUUCUACCAUUGACAAUCAAAUUUUUGUUUCGACUUUUCGUUCAAAAAGAGAAGAAAAUAAAUUGAAAAUAAAAACUUGAAAUUUGCUAACAAGAAGAAGAAAAAGCAGGAAGAUUGUUUAAAAAAAAUGAAUAAUUUCAAAAAGAUCAGAAAAAUUGAAAAAAUUAUUUUCUUUAUAUUGCAAAAAGUUACGUUUUCUAGUGUGAAGCGCACAUCGACAGCCUCGGCCGGAAAUGUUGCUUGGGACGACGCGGACGAGGAGUUUUUGUCUGCCGAUGAAGGAAUGGGAUCAAACAGUCGUCUGACCACUCCGCCGGUUAGAAAAAUCUUUUUUUUUUGUUUGAAAUUCAUCUUCUCCAUUUAAGGCUGAGUUUGUCGAUGCCAAAGGCGAUAUUAAGAAUAUAUCUGAAGUUCUGCUCGAUGGAGCUAAUUACAGGUGGAAAUUUUCUUCAUUUAUACCUUUCAAUUUUAAUGAAUGUUUAGAGCUGAUGACGAAGACGUCGCGGCAAUCGCGAAGCAGCUGACCGAAGAGGAUGAAUUCAUCACUGUGGGCAAAAAUAAAAAGAAGAUCGAGAAGCGCACUGGGUAUUAUUGAGCGUGAAUAUGAAAUAAACGUUGCUUAACAGAUCCGUCGGCGAGUACGACCGCUCCUCGCCUCAGAUGAACGUCAGCGGAAACAAGAGAAACCAAGACGACAAAGGGAGAAGCAUGUCUCUGCACGACGCGAAGCAGCACCAACAGCGUCGUCCGGCUGCCAAAACCUUCUCCGACCUUCUCACCGAUGUCAAAAACGUUUUUAUUUUCUUUCUCUGAUUUAUUUCAACGGAGGUAUAUCAGGAAACACGGGGCGGCAAACAUCACAAGAGAAAGAGCACUGGGCAAGAAGAGGUUUUUUCUUCUAUAAAAAAACGUAUUCUUAUUGAUUUUUAAAGAAAGAACAUUUCCUGGAGACUCCGGUCGAUACAGAAAUCACUGUCAACACGGUAUGUUUUUUUUUUCUUAUUUUUGUUAACUUCGAGGGUGAUUUUGAAAAAAAGUAUACGUUUCAGGCUUUGCCCUCGAACAACAAUAAGCAGUCGAAUCCAGUUUCUCCGGACCGUGUUUCUUAUGCAGAUGCUGCGAAGAAAUCUGCAGAAGCCAGUCAGUUUUUCUCGAUGAACUGUUUUCGUCACUCCUAGAAACUCGAAUCGAGCAUAAAAUGAAUGAAGCCUAUAGUUGGCACUCAUAUUUUCUGAGAACUCUUUUUUCGUAGCUUGCCGUAAUUUUCUUUAAUGCUUUUCUGAGCUGGGGGUUUUGGUCAAGUGCGCUGAAAUCCAAACUUCCUGGAUAAUUCAUCCUUUUUUUAAUAAUAAUAAUUUAUUAGCAGAUUAGCGUGAACUCCAAUAAGCUCACUAAAAUCUUAGAUUCAAUAGAUUAAAUUCUACAACUAUACAUAAACUUAGAAUAUAACGUUUCAAACCCUGGCUUAUUGAAAUAACAAAUGUUCAAUUAGGAACAGACUUGUUCUGCGCCACCUGGGUUUAAGAUGAAUUGCAAAAAAAAAUGAGCGUUAUGCUAGAAUUUUCUCUAAAUAAUGUUUCAAUUAAGGCGGAGAAUCAUCGCCGCAGGAAGUUUCGCCGGCAUCUUCGGCGAAUCGCAAGGCGACGUACCCUGCCGACACACCGGACCCGUCUUCGGAGACCUUCACUUCGGACGACAGCAACAUCUCGCACUGCAUCGCCGUCCUUCCCAACGCCGCCCACACAUCGCCGUCGCCGCAGAAAUUCUCCUUCUUCUACGACGAACACGGUAAGUUGUUUUCUCAAAUUUUGAUCAUCCUGAAAUUUUUUGAAACUUGAUUCUAAUUUAUUUCUCAGCGUGUUUUAAGGAUUCAGUUUUUUUUAAAUGUAUUUUUCAUGGACGAUAACGAAAACUUUUAAAAUUGAGGUGGGUAUAAUGGAAGCCUCGCUAAAAACUUAUUUCAAAAUUUCCGUUUCUUGAUUUUUCUCAGUACUUGGAAGAAACGUCUAUUUCAAGUUUUUUUAAGCGAGUCAACAAGACGGAAACCGACUUCAAGAAGCGAGUUCUUCUACGAACGGAGUCAACGACCCCAACGAUUUCGUCCUGAAACUGGGCGGUCGCGUCGUUCGAUUCGCCAAGGGCCAUGCCGCCGAGGUCGCCAAGAUGCCCAAGGUAACCUUUCUGACCGAUUUCUCUUAUACUUUCGUUUUUCAGCCUGAUGCCCGACACUUGGCUCUCAUAAGCUCUCUUCGCGAGGGUUGGAGAAUCUUCAUGUCAGACGAACGUGAGCUUUUCGGAGUUUUUUUUUUCGAAAAUUAAAAAAAGUUUUGUUAACGGGUUUGUUUGAAAAAAACUUGGCUUGAAGUUUCUUCUUAUAGUUUCACGAAUAGCAGUGGAAAAAAGAAUAUACGACUUUUUAGAAGAACUUUUUUUCAUGGUCCUUCUUAAUAAUAGUUUCAAAUCGAAGUUCUUGAAAUUUUGCCUACCUGUUUUUAGUUAAAGCCAGCGUUGAUUCAAAUAUAAAUUGAAAUCAAUUGUGAAAAUAUUUUUUUAAUCAGUGAAAAAUCAACAAUUUUUCAAAGUUUAUAUUCAUUUAUAAUUUUGCAGCGCCAGUCGUCUUCACCCCACGCACCAACGUCUGA